UAAGUUCUGUCGGUCGGAAGGUCCCGCCUUCGAUGCCGCUGCCACCGUUGCCGUCACCUCCUCCUUCACCGUCGCCGUCGCCGCUGUUGUUGUUGUUGUCGAGGCCGGGCCCGUCCGUCCUUCCGCGGCUCGAGGCCGCUCGUCCCUUCCCCGACGCCGCCGCCAUGAAGUGGAUGUUCAAGGAGGACCACUCGCUGGAACACCGAUGUGUAGAGUCUGCCAAAAUCCGAGCCAAGUAUCCCGACCGAGUCCCGGUGAUUGUGGAAAAAGUCUCAGGCUCUCAGAUUGUUGAUAUUGACAAGCGGAAGUACCUGGUUCCAUCUGAUAUCACUGUGGCUCAGUUUAUGUGGAUCAUUAGGAAACGGAUCCAGCUACCCUCAGAGAAGGCAAUCUUCCUGUUUGUGGAUAAAACAGUCCCACAGUCUAGCCUAACUAUGGGACAACUUUACGAGAAGGAAAAAGACGAAGAUGGAUUCUUAUACGUGGCCUACAGUGGAGAGAAUACAUUUGGCUUCUGAAGGCCAAUGCCCAAUUAGGUGCAUCUUUCCUGCUUGUGUAUCUUGUAAAUAGCCGGGCACUUUCAGUUAUUACACCAGACCCUCUUCACAUAGACUCAUAGUGCAUUUGUAACUGGAUUUAUUUCUUAAUAUAUUGAAAGGUCUUGUUUUAUUAGACUGGUAAAUUAUCAGAGUUUUAUUUUCAUUUUCUUUUCUUUGUUGUGCAUUGUCCUCAUGGCUGCAAGCUCCAGGGACUCUGCUCCUCUGGAACUCGUAUUUAAUGAAGUUAUUUCAAUAUGGAGAUGAGGUAGUUGGGGGACUCAAGUGAAAAGGGGGAAGAUAACACAUUCUUCUGGAUUAUGUUUGUGGUGUCAGUUGGAUAAGUAUUAAAAGCAUCUAAGUUAAAUCCUUAGCAGUCAGGUCACUUGCUUCACUAGAUUAUUCCAACUGCCAAUCAUGUUGGACUGAGCUAAUCUGUUAUUUCUGAACUUUAUUGAGGUGAAUAAUUACAAUAAAAUUUCCUCUUACAAAGGCACUGUAGUGUGAUACUGUCCUUCAUUUAACCUCUCUUCUGGGCUUGCUAAGUAGCUACUUGUUGCCUGUUGAAAAAGGAAAGCUAAUGGGAGUGUAGAUAGUUUGAAGUGAGUAGUUUGUGCUAGCUACUCAUGAAAAUGCUAAGUCAGUCACAAGUGGUUAGGUCCAAAGCAAAGAAAGAUGACUAGAGAUUAGAGAAUAACAGGUGUGGUGCUAAGAAGUAGUAGGAGACAGCACAUUCUCCAUUUUAUUUAGGAAAAAUGUAUUGCCUAAAUUAGGGGCUCUUAUUUCUGCCCUUAUUUUCUUUGCCUAGGGGCUGAUUUCUUAAUUCUUUCUCCCCAAAGGCAAGAUGAGACAAGCAGGCCAGUGAUUUUAUCCCUGCUUUUAGGGAACUGUUGCAAAUGUCAGUUCUUUCACUUAAUACAUAAAGCCAGAAUAUUUGUUAGAAGAGCCAAUUGUACUUCAAUUGUACUCUCCACUCAAAAUGAUUCACAGGUUGUCAUCUGUUUUUUUUUUAAAAGGCCCCAAAUUAUACAGGUGACCUCAUUAAAGUUUACUUGUUGUAUACUUACUAAAGCCAGAAUAUUAACCAAACGGGUCUCUCACUUUGCUACUACACAUCAUGCUGGUCUGUCAUAAAUCUUACUGCAGCUAGUAUCUUCUUGGUGGUUUCUGGCAGAGAGGAAAUGACUUCUAAAGGGGAAGCCAUCCAGAAGAGCCUGUAGGGAGGGGAUGACAGAAGGGAAUCUAGAAUUGCUGCAUAUGUCUCAAAAGAUCUAAAAGGAAAACAGACCCUACUGAGGGCCAGCAUGAUAUAAUAGAAACAGCAUGGAACUUGGGAAUCAGAAGAACCUGGCUGUGUGAUAUUGGGCAAAUGGUUUAAUAAAAACUAAGUCAUCUGUAAAAUGGGGAGAGUUUUGUGAGGAUGAAAUUAGCUACUGUAUGUGAAAACACUUGAACUGUGGACACAGCUUUCCUAAAUAACAGUAAGUAUGCAGAGGAAAGUCUGGAUUUCUCUAGUCAUUGGCUAUACCAUUUACUUUGCUUUUCUCAUCCGACCAAUCUUUGUUUUGUUACAGUGUUUUGUGAAAAAUGUCAUAUUGAAAAUCAAUUCAGCUGCCUAAACUUGUUUAGUAACCAUUUCCAGGUAAAUUAAUUUCAAUGAAUAAAUCAUUAAAAACUU